ACCUUUUAUUUUUGCAACUGCACCAUGGCCAAAUGUAUUGGAAGCAAUACUCUUCAAAUAGUACCCUAUGAAUGUCCACCCAUCAAAAACAUAACCUGUUCCAAUGGAAAAUCUCCUGUUCUGGUAUAUGAUGAAUUUCAAUGCUGCCAACAUUAUCAAUGUGACUGCGAGUGCAAAGGGUGGGGAGAUCAUCAUUACAGCACAUUUGAUGGACUAUCCUAUAAAUACCAUGGAAACUGUUCCUAUUAUUUGAUGAAAGAAAUUGCUCCAAGGGAUGACUUGGAAAUGUACAUUGAUGACAUCCAUUGUGAUCCUUUUGAAGAUCCUUCAUGUCCUCAAUCUUUAAAUGUAAACUAUGGAGCUGAACAUAUCAAACUGGUCUAUUUUAUUCUCAAUGGACAACCAGAUUUGAAGGCAUUUACGAAUGAAGUGAGUCUAAAGCUCCCUUAUUGGAAACAAGGUGUUAAAGUGAUGAGCACUGGCACUAAUUUAGUUUUAGAGAUCCUUCGUCUAAAUGUGGUUGUUAAAUUUGGAAGAACUGGAUUUAGUAUCAACCUUCCAUAUAAGUACUUUGGAGGAAACACACAGGGUCAUUGUGGAACUUGCACCAACAGUCAAGCUGAUGACUGCUGGCUGCCUGGAGGAACAGUAUCAGAAGGUUGCACUAAAAUUGCUGAUGGCUGGCUUCUAGAGAAAGAUAGAGGCUGCAAGACUGGAGGAGAACCACCUUUGAAACCUCCCUGCAGUUCAAGUUCUGUAUGUAAACUCCUUAAAAGCAGUGUCUUUGCUCAAUGUCAUUCCCGGAUCUCUCCAGAUAAUUACUACAAUGGAUGCGUUUCUGAUAGCUGCCAUGUUCACAAUGGAGCGAAUGCAGUAGAGUGCUCAAGUUUAGCGACCUAUGCUGCUGCCUGCUCUGACGUUGGAGUUUGUAUUCACUGGAGAAACCACACUGGUCCAUGUGCCAGUGACUGCCCAUCAGACAAAAUUUAUAAACCUUGUGGACCUGCAGAUCAACCAUCUUGCGAAGACAGUCCUAAUGAUCCAGGUAUGAACUUCACUACAGAGGGCUGCUUUUGUCCUGAAGGAAUGAAACUAUUUAGCAGAGAAUCAAAAAUAUGCGUUAAAAAUUGUGGCUGUCUUGACCCUAAAGGGACGCCCCGUGAGUUCAAUGAGACAUUUGAAUACCAAUGUCAGAACUGUGUCUGUGAUGAGUCCACCAAAACUGUGAUCUGCAAGCCUAAGAAGUGCAAACACACAGCUUUUCCAAGAUGCAUGGAUCCAGGAUAUGUUCUUGUCAAUCAAACUGAUCCAUCAAAUCCCUGCUGCAAUGUCCACGUUUGCCAAUGUCAGGUCCACACUUGUCCGGACAUCAACAUGAACUGUGAUGUUGGAUUUAAGCCAAACAUCAGUGUUCCAGAGGGAAAAUGCUGUCCAGAACUUAGAUGUGAACCUAAAAAAGUCUGUGUGCUAAAUGAUGUUGAAUACAGGGGAUUCAAAUAUGUAAAAUCCAAAUCAGAUGAGUGCUGUGGGACAUGCCAACAGACACACUGUGUAUUCAGUGUUAAUGGCACUGAGAUACUCUUACAGGAAGGAGAAACCUGGUCACCACCAGAAAAUAAAUGUGAAAGUAAGACUUGUGUUAAGAAUGGUGAGACUUUUACAGUCACCAAUCAACAAAUCAUUUGCCCAGCAUUCCAAGAGAGCAACUGCAAGAAUGACACAAUUCAGACUGCAGCAAAUGGCUGCUGCAAAAUCUGUGUGGAAAAAGAGAAGGCCUGCAGACUGGUUAGCCGGAAAACUCCUAUCAACCACAAUGGCUGUCAGUCUAAAUUGAAUAUGCCGUCAUGUGAAGGAUCAUGCGACACUUUUACCAAAUACUCUGAAGCAGCAGGUGCUAUGGAGCAUUCCUGCUCCUGCUGUAAGGAGAGAAGUGCCAGCAACCGCACUGUUACCCUGGCGUGUAAAGAUGGUGCGCACGUCCAGUUCACUUAUGUGCAUGUGGAGGAGUGCGGCUGUGGUCACACAGAGUGCACAACACCCACUGCACUGCAUGUUCGCAGAAAGCGACGCUUCACACUGCAGUGACCCAACCCUCUGUCCUCAUGUGGGAUACAGAUGUAUCUCCAAG